UUCAGCCGGCGAGCGAGCGUGAGAACAGGUCCUGCUCUCGGGCACCGUCAGCCACGGCUCCUGACCCGACCGCUCCCAGCACUGCCUGGCUCCGCCCCCACCCCAAUGAGCGAGACCUCCCCAGUCAGACCCACAGCACAUGGAGGAGGCUGCAAAUAGAAGCACCUGGAAAGAAAGCCAAGAAGAAGCAGCAGCAGCCGCCAGAUCAUAAUCGCACAGGAGCCGGCAGCGACCGGACCAGCGAGGGGACCAGCACCCACACCACAAGAAGGAACAUGAGUCUUCUCAAAGAGCGAAAACCAAAGAAGCCGCAUUACAUCCCGAGACCUCCAGGAAAACCCUUCAAGUAUAAGUGUUUCCAGUGCCCUUUCACUUGCAAUGAAAAGUCACACCUUUUCAACCACAUGAAGUAUGGUCUCUGCAAAAACUCCAUCACUUUAGUGUCAGAGCAGGACCGCGUCCCCAAGUGCCCCAAAUCCAACUCUCUGGACCCCAAGCAGACAAAUCAGCCAGACACGGCAGCAAAACCCACCUCUGCCAAGCCUGUUGCCAAUGGGCUCCCACACUUUGACACCAAGCUUCAGCAAAGCCUCGCCAAGGACGAUGCCAAGGAAAACGUGGAACUGCACACACGUGGGCCCCACAGGUGCCCAGGACAGAAGUCUGCUCUCCACGAGGAAGCAGCACCCCUGAGUCCAGCUCCGGAAGCUACCAGGGGCACCCAGCCCGUUCUGGAAGGCAUCGUGCGGCCUUCAGCCUUUGUCCCAGUGGGAGAGCACAGACUCAAGGGGCCAGAGCACGCUGAGGCUCCUGAACUGCUGGCCCUGCCUGGCCCCACGGCCAAAGCCACCUCCUUCCACACCAAGUCUGCAUUCCAUGCUCCUGGUUAUCCGUGGAAAGCUGGCGCGCCUUUCCUCCCGCCAGAGUUCCCACACAAAAUCCCGUCUACAAAGGGGUUUAGUGCCAUUUCCCCUUACGUGCACCCCGCAAUCCCAGAGUACCAGCCACACUUUUACACAGAGCAUGGACUGGCCACCAUCUACUCACCCUACCUACUUGCUGGGAACUCACCUGAGUGUGAUGCCCCCCUGCUGUCCGUCUACGGGACCCAAGACCAGAGGCACUUGCUGCCUCCCCCGGGGCCGGUCCCCAAGCACUUGAACCCCCCCUCGGCAUAUGACCAUUACAGGUUCUUCCAGCAGUAUCACUCCAACCUGCCAAUUCCUUAUGGAUUUUACAGACCAGAGUCUGCAUUCUCCUCCUACGGGCUCAGACUCCCACCUGUCACGGGCAUUUCCAGAGAUCACAGCUCUCACCUACUGGAAGAAACCGCCCUGCUCUACCCAGCCCUGAGUCCGUCCAAGUCAAGUCCUUCCAACACCCACAAAAAAAACACAGAGUUUGAGAAGGGGAGCCCAACUCCCGAGGCUAAAGACCCCUCCCAAGACGGGCAGAGGGACACAGAGGGAACCAAAAUGAGCCCUCGCGCGGGCAGCGCAGCCACAGGCUCCCCGGGAAGGCCAAGUCCCACCAACUUCACGCAGACAAGUCAGCCAUGUGCCGGGCUGUGCGGCCUCUCGGACAAGCCAGCUGCCAGCACCCUGGGAAGGCUCCAUCAGCCUGAACACAGCCUCACAGCCUUCAAGCCUGUCAAGAAAAGCACAGAGCACCCAAAUUCCCAGGCUCUGGAAAACAGAGAAGAGCCCCCAAAAAGCCUUGAUGCCAUGAACGGCGAUGCUCCAGGCGAGACCAGAAGCGCAUCUCACGACCCAGAGGCCACACCUUCCAGCCCAGAAGAUGGCUCCAGGACAGCCCCGCUGAACCUCUCCAAGAAACCAGAGGCCAGACCAGCCACUCACAGCCCCAUGUACAAGGACUUUGCAGAGGUGCAGGACAUGCCUCUCAACCUCUCGGUGAAGGACCCCUGUAACGCCCUGACUCCGAGACCUCCCUUCCACAGCCCACUGCAAGAGGCAGAACCUGCCAGCACCGCUGCUCAAAACACUGACACGGAAACUUCCAAAGAUGGGCCAGAACACACCCAGACGAACCAAAGCAGCCCUGAUGCCAUGGAGGCGCCACCAACAACGCCCGCUGUGAAGGCCCAGGACGCAAGAGCGCUGGACAGCAGUGAUGAGCAGAAGCAGACAGCGGCCGUGGCCCUCUGCCAGCUGGCGGCCUACAGCCCAGGGAACGUCCGGAUGGGCGAUGGGGAGCCCACGGCCCCGGAGUCCGCCUGCCCACAAGACGCACCCACCCUCAGCGCCACGGAAAACCCGGAGGCUCCGUGUGACCUCAGACCCAGAGGGCAAAAGAGGACAAGCCCCAGGGAUGCAGGGAAGUCCCAGCAAGGAACAAAGAAGACGAAGCCGAGUGACACAGCCAGAGUGUUCACCCUUCGUAAGAGAACACGGGUGUCUUAGUGCCGCUCUCGCCGGAUGCAGACACAUCUUCCAAAGCAGGUUACGACAGCAGCAACUCUUGACUGGCACCGCAGCUUUCCCUGGUCAGUUUUUACAAUGCAGCUUCCUGCUUCUCAGGAAGGAAGGGGGAGUGGGGAGGGGGAGAGAGAGAGGGAGGAAGAAAGGAAGGAAGGAGGGGAGGGGGGAGAGGGAGGAAGGAAGGAAGGAAGGAAGGAAGGAAGGAAGGAAGGAAGGAAGGAAGGAAGGGGAGAGAGGGAGAGAGAAAGGAAGGAAGGGAGGGAGGGAGGGGGAGAGAGAGGGGGAGAGAGAGAGAAGGAAGGAAGAAAGGAGAAAAGAAAGAAGCUGCAAUUCAGGUUUUGAAAAUAUCAAGCAAGAAUAUUCAAAGGUGCUUCUACUUUUGGUUGUAAAAAUAUUUAAAUGACUCAUACUCAAGACUGAUGAGUUCAACAUUGACUUUCAUUUUUGUAAAAUGUCAAAUGGAAUGCACAAAUUAAAAGACAGCUUUUAAGUGUAAUCCAUCUUAGAGGAAAACUAUUAAAAAUGCUCUUCUUAUAAAUAUCUUAGCACUAGAAUAAACGGCUUUUAACUGUUUUGCUAUCAAAUCUGUGUGUUUUGAAGUAAAUACCAAUUACUGGGAAAAAAUGCCAUGAAAAAAACAUUUCCAGUUCUGUCAUUAAAGUGCUGUAUGUAAAAAUUAUGUGAUUUGUUAUGAGUGAAGAUACACAAACAUCAAGACGCUAUUUAUACAAAUAAUUUAUUUCCAGUAGGAAAACGUAUUGCUGGUGAAGCUAUUGCUAACGUACUCUACUUCUGUAUGAUGUUACAGUGAACUUCCUGACUUGUUCAGCCUCCUUUUCCAUUUUCCAAAAUGAUGUAUAUAUUGCUAAUUUUCCAAUAAACUCAUAGGUGACUUU